AAACACUAACCAGCGCGGCAGAUGAGAUAAGUUUGUUUACUUCGUUGAUGUGGCGGCAAAACCAAAACAUGGAGGCGAGUGAGGACCGCGGACUAGAUGUGGAAUGUGUUGUUAAUCGGUGGAUGGUGGAUUAUUAUGUAUCUGUGGCGUUUGAGGCUUUCAAGAAUGAACAGGACACUGAUUUCUGUGAGAUCAGAGACAUCCUUCAAUGUCAUCUGGUUCGGCCGUUGGAAGCCAACGACGCCACACCCAAGAAGAUUCGAGCAAUACAGUUCCUCGCCAGGAUAAAUGACGGUGACAAACUCGACUUCUCGUUUGACUCUCAGGAGGACCUCACGCCGCUGGAAUCUGCUCUGAGCGUAUUGGACAGCAUCCGCGAGGAGUUGCCAGUUCCCCAGAAAGACGUGGACAGAGUACAGAAGUCUAUCAGAGAGAUGUUGGUGAUAGUGUGCCUUAAGAACCAGGCCUUUGACAAAGCCAAGGAGGUGUUGAUGAAGUACUUCCCAAAAAGCAUGGUUGGAAAGAAAGCGAUCUUCCUGGGGCUGGUCAACAAGAGGAGCAGUGAGCAUUCAGUCCUGCAGCAGGUCACCUACCAGCAGUUUAAACAGGAGAUGCUGCUGUUCUGUGAGAGCCUGUUCCCCUACGCUCAUCCUUUCCUGUCCAGGGCUGCCAGACAGCUGAUGGUGAAGAGACAGGAAGCAGGACAGGGUGCAGAGGAAGGAGACUGUCCCUCAGACCCUCAGCCAGAGGACCACCUUGUUCCAGCAACAGAGGAGAAGGCAUCCAGACACAAACCCAGUCCUCCCAGUCCACCCCCUGGUGGCGUCCUGCUGACCCGCAGCCAGCUGAUGGCCGUUUAUACAGCCCUGGCCGAGGAGCUGAAGGAGCCCAUGACCUUUGCCGAGCUGGAGGAGGAAGUGGAAAUGGAGGUGAUGGAGGAGAACGCAGGAAAAGGAGUUGCUGUUGUGGACCAAGAGGAACCUCUCCUGCACCUCUCCGAAAGCCCCAGGCAGGGCUCAGACGCUGUGUUGGAGCAGGAAGUCCCCAGGUCCCAGAGAGACUCCGACAGUCCAAUGGAGGCGUCCCCUGCUGACCUGGUUCCCCCAGCAGACCUGGCACCAGGCCCCCAGUGGAAGAGCAGAGGCUGGCCUCAUACCAUAGCCAGGCUGGUUAUGGAGCCAGACAGCCAGGAUUCUACGGCCUCUCGAGAAUCAGUAUCCAACGGGGAGGAGUCAGUCAGCCGGGCGGACCCACUAAGCUCCGCCUCCACCUACAGCCCACCAACACGGAAGUAUCGCAAACGACGAGCCAGCAAGAUACCCGAAGAGACCUCGCCUGACCCUGAGGAGGAUGUGUGUAUUCUGGAUAACAGCCCUGAGCAGAGAGGCUCCGCCCCCCAGAGAAGCUCCACCCCCACCCCCCAGAGAGGCUCCGCCCCCCAGAGAAGCUCCACCCCCACCCCCCAGAGAGGCUCCGCCCCCCAGAGAAGCCCCACCCCCACUCCCCAGAUAGGCUCUGCCCCCCAGAGAAGCUCCACCCCCACCCCCCAGAGAGGCUCUGCCCAUCAGAGAAGCCCCACCCAUCAGAGAAGCUCCACCCCCACUCCCCAGAGAGGCUCCGCCCCCCAGAGAAGCUCCACCCCCACCCCCCAGAGAGGUUCUUCACAUAAGAGAAGCCCCACCUCCCAGACAAGCCACACCCACCAGAGAAGCCCCACCCCCCAGAGAGGUUCUUCACAUAAGAGAAGCCCCACCCCCCAGACAAGCCCCACCCCCCAGAGAAGCCCCACCCCUCAGAAGGCCUCCACCAGUAAAAAGGGAACUGAUCUGAAGUGGAAGCAGCUAUUCAUUGUUGCUAAGGAAUCCAAGGAUCGGUGGAGUGAUGAAGAGGAUUUAUUCGACUCUCCUCACAAAGACAGCUCUGAGGACAACGCCAGUACUACAGGAGGAGGCAGGAAGAGGGUGAGUUUAGGCUCUGAGGACAGGAAGAGGGUGAGUUUAGGCUCUGGAGACAGGAAGAGGGUGAGUAGGCUCUGAGGACAACGCCAGUACUACAGGAGGAGGCAGGAAGAGGGUGAGUUUAGGAUCUGAGGACAACGCCAGUACUACAGGAGGAGGCAGGAAGAGGGUGAGUUUAGGCUCUGGAGACACCAGUACUACAGGAGGAGGCAGGAAGAGGGUGAGUUUAGGCUCUGGAGACAGGAAGAGGGUGAGUUUAGGAUCUGAGGACAGGAAGAGGGUGAGUUUAGGAUCUGGAGACAGGAAGAGGGUGAGUUUAGGCUCUGGAGACACCAGUACUACAGGAAGAGACAGGAAGAGGUGAGUUUAGGCUCUGGAGACAGGAAGAGGGUGAGUUUAGGAUCUGAGGACAGGAAGAGGGUGAGUUUAGGCUCUGGAGACAGGAAGAGGGUGAGUUUAGGUUCUGGAGACAGGAAGAGGGUGAGUUUAGGUUCUGGAGACAGGAAGAGGGUGAGUUUAGGUUCUGCAGACAGGAAGAGGGUGAGUUUAGGCUCUGGAGACACCAGUACUACAUGAGGAGACAGGAAGAGGGUGAGUUUAGGCUCUGGAGACAGGAAGAGGGUGAGUUUAGGUUCUGGAGACAGGAAGAGGGUGAGUUUAGGCUCUGGAGACAGGAAGAGGGUGAGUUUAGGCUCUGGAGACAGGAAGAGGGUGAGUUUAGGUUCUGGAGACAGGAAGAGGGUGAGUUUAGGUUCUGGAGACAGGAAGAGGGUGAGUUUAGGUUCUGGAGACACCAGUACUACAUGAGGAGACAGGAAGAGGGUGAGUUUAGGAUCUGAGGACAGGAAGAGGGUGAGUUUAGGCUCUGGAGACAGGAAGAGGGUGAGUUUAGGCUCUGGAGACAGGAAGAGGGUGAGUUUAGGAUCUGGAGACAGGAAGAGGGUGAGUUUAGGCUCUGAGGACAACGCCAGUACUACCGGAAGAGACAGGAAGAGGGUGAGUUUAUGCUCUGGAGACAGGAAGAGGAUGAGUUUAGGUUCUGGAGACAGGAAGAGGGUGAGUUUAGGCUCUGGAGACAGGAAGAGGAUGAGUUUAGGUUCUGGAGACAGGAAGAGGGUGAGUUUAUGCUCUGGAGACAGGAAGAGGAUGAGUUUAGGUUCUGGAGACAGGAAGAGGGUGAGUUUAGGCUCUGGAGACAGGAAAAGGGUGAGUUUAGGCUCUGAGGACAACACCAGAACUACCGGAGGAGACAGGAAGAGGGUGAGUUUAGGUUCUGGAGACAGGAAGAGGGUGAGUUUAGGAUCUGGAGACAGGAAGAGGGUGAGUUUAGGUUCUGGAGACAGGAAGAGGGUGAGUUUAGGCUCUGAGGACAACACCAGAACUACCGGAGGAGACAGGAAGACUGAGCACAGCCUCAGUUUAGAAGAUGGUGACAUUCGGGGAAAUAUUCAGACCCCUUCCCUUUACCCACAUUUUGUUCCGUUACAGCCUCAUUCUAAAAUAGAUUCAAUUAAUGUAUUCAUUCAUUUUUUCCUUCAUCGAUCUUCACACAAUACCCCUGAAUGACAAAGCGAAAACAGGUUUUUAGACAUUUUAGCAAAUUUAUACAAAGUUUAAAAAAAAACAUACCUUAUUUACAUAGGAUCAGGUCUCAGGGUAGGAGAGCUGAUCUAGGAUCAGGUCUCAGGGUAGGAGUGGUGAUCUAGGAUCUGAUCUAGGAGCAGGACUCAGGGUAGGAGUGGUGAUCUAGGAUCAGGUCUCAGGGUAGGAGUGGUGAUCUAGGAUCAGGUCUCAGGGUAGGAGUGGUGAUCUAGGAUCAGGCCUCAGGGUAGGAGUAGUGAUCUAGGAUCAGGUCUCAGGGUAGGAGUGGUGAUCUAGGAUCAGGUCUCAGGGUAGGAGUAGUGGUCUAGGAUCAGGUCUCAGGGUAGGAGUGGUGAUCUAGGAUCAGGUCUCAGGGUAGGAGUGGUGAUAUAGGAUCAGGUCUAGGAUCAGGUCUCAGAGUAGGAGUGGUGAUCUAGGAUCAGGCCUCAGGGUAGGAGUGGUGGUCUAGGAUCAGGUCUCAGGGUAGGAGUGGUGAUCUAGGAUCAGGUCUCAGGGUAGGAGUGGUGAUCUAGGAUCAGGUCUAGGAUCAGGUCUCAGGGUAGGAGUGGUGAUCUAGGAUCAGGCCUCAGGGUAGGAGUAGUGAUCUAGGAUCAGGUCUCAGGGUAGGAGUGGUGAUCUAGGAUCAGGUAUCAGGGUAGGAGUAGUGGUCUAGGAUCAGGUCUCAGGGUAGGAGUGGUGGUCUAGGAUCAGGUCUCGGAUCAGGUCUCAGGGUAGGAAUGCUGGUCUAGGAUCAGGUCUCAGGGUAGGAAUGCUGGUCUAGGAUCAGGUCUCAGGGUAGAAGUGGUGGUCUAGGAUCAGUCUCAGGGUAGGAGUGCUGAUCUAGGAUCAGGUAUCCACCUGUUCAUUAUGAUCUAAAAUGUUUAAUUGGUCCAAGAUCAGCACUCCUAUUCUGAGACUGUUAAUACAGGCCACCUGGUGUGUUACUCUCAGAGUCAGAUUGUGGUUGUGGCCUUGUUCCCAGCAUAAACAGGUGGGAGGAGUACAUUUCUCAGAACAAGAAUAGACUGACGAGUUCCAGAAGAAAGUGCUUUGUUUCUGGCCAUUUUUGAGUCUGUAAUCGAACCCACAAAUGCUGAUGCUCCUGAUACUCAACUAGUCUAAAGAAGGCCAGUUUUAUUGCUUCUUUAUCAGGACAACAGUUUUAACAUAAUUGCAAAAGGGUUUUCUAAUGAUCAAUUAGCCUUUUAAAAUGGUAAACUUGGAUUAGCUAACACAACGUGCCAUUGGAACACAGGAGUGAUGGUUGCUGACAAUGGGCCUCUGUACGCCUAUGUAGAUAUUCCAUUAAAAAUCAGCCGUUUCCAGCUACAAUAGUCAUUUACAACAUUAACAAUGUCUACACUGUAUUUCUGAUCAAUUUGAUGUUAUUUUAAUGGACAAAUUUAUUUUUCUUUCAAAAACAAGGACAUUUCUAAGUGACCCCAAACUUUUGAACGGUAGUGUAUAUUUGCAAAAAAAUAAAACUUUUGGCUUUGUUAUUAUGGGAUAUUGUGUGUAGAUUGAGAGGGAAAAACGAUUUAAUAAAUGUAACAAAAUGUCAAUGGGUCUGAAUACUGUUUCUGGACACAGAUAAAGCCUAGUCCUGGACUAAAAAGCAAGCUAAAUGGAGAAUCAGGACUGGGCUUAAUCUGUAUCCGGGAAACCUCUACAUAAUGUAUACUAUAUGUUAACCCUAAGUGUUGUCCUCCUACAGUGUGUUUACUAUGUUUACCCUAAGUGUUGUCCCCUACAGUGUGUUUACUGUGUUAACCCUAAGUGUUGUUCUCUACAGUGUGUUUACUAUGUUAACCCUAAGUGUUGUCCUCUACAGUGUGUUUACAAUGUUAACCCUAAGUGUUGUCCUCUACAGUGUUUCCUAUGUUAACCCUAAGUGUUGUCCUCUACAGUGUUUACUAUGUUAACCCUAAGUGUUGUCCUCCUACAGUGUGUUUACUAUGUUUACCCUAAGUGUUGUCCUCCUACAGUGUGUUUACUAUGUUUACCCUAAGUGUUGUCCCCUACAGUGUGUUUCCUAUGUUAACCCUAAGUGUUGUCCCCUACAGUGUUUCCUAUGUUAACCCUAAGUGUUGUCCCCUACAGUGUUUACUAUGUUAACCCUAAGUGUUGUCCCCUACAGUGUGUUUACUAUGUUAACCCUAAGUGUUGUCCUCUAGUGUGUUUACUAUGUUAACCCUAAGUGUUGUCCCCUACAGUGUUUCCUAUGUUAACCCUAAGUGUUGUCCCCUACAGUGUUUACUAUGUUAACCCUAAGUGUUGUCCCCUACAGUGUGUUUACUAUGUUAACCCUAAGUGUUGUCCCCUACAGUGUUUCCUAUGUUAACCCUAAGUGUUGUCCUCUAGUGUGUUUACUAUGUUAACCCUAAGUGUUGUCCCCUACAGCGUGUUUACUAUGUUAACCCUAAGUGUUGUCCUCUAGUGUGUUUACUAUGUUAACCCUAAGUGUUGUCCCCUACAGUGUUUACUAUACAUUGAGUGUUCUGUUGUGUCCCUCCUGUAGAUGUGGACAGCAGAGGAGACCGAGUGGGUGAAGGAGGGAGUGAGGCGCUACGGAGAGGGGAACUGGUCCAGGGUAAAGUCCUCUUUCCCAUUCUUGGGCCGAACCGCCGUGAACAUCAAGGAUCGGUGGAGAACCAUGAAAAAGCUCAAGAUGGUCUGAGGCCACCAAACCGGGAGGGACUAACUUGUCCAAUAAGAAAUGCUCGUUUACAUUUGCUACGGGGUGCAGUAACGAAUUUGACGCUGGAGGGCCUCUGAGCUACGCAGGACAAUGACAUUAUCCAGUUGUGAGAAUGGAUGUUUUCCCGCCGCACAUCUGUCAACAACGAGGACAGGAAGCUGAAGAUGGUCGAGGGGCAGAGGGCCUUUGGACUAAGAUAAAUGUUGAUUCUGCCACUUUUUGAACAUGUUUAUAGAAGUAUUUUAUUUUAUCACUCGUCUUUCUUGGUAGAAUAAAGACUUCUCUUAUACCGA